CUUUUGGCCGAUCCGACGCAUAAUUUCAGACGCCGACACAAGACGCGGACGCGGACGCGGAUGCACAUUUCAUUUCUACAAUAGGACUGUGCUUUAAUCUUCACCGAUCAUCGGCCUCGCCGCCAGCGCUGGUCGCCCUGGUCUACAGGGAAUCAUUCCAUACGCUGUGCUUCCCGCCGUUCCGUCUCGACCUUCGUUCCUUCGCCUAUUUCCAACAUCCCUAUUCUCUUCUCGUCGCAUAUCGCCAAGAUGCCUUCCUCUCAACGCCCGUUCUUCCUGUCCUCCUUCCUCGCCGCCUUUCGGCAACAGACACCGCCGGCCCUCUCAGCAACUUCACAAGCUAACAAGCAUACCUCGCAACCCGCAUCCGGCUCCUCCCCUUCGGGGGCUCGGUCCAUGUCCUCGACGUCACAUGCACAAGCCCAAUCACCGUCGCAACAGCAACAGCAGCAGCAACCCCAGCAACGAACAGGGGGUGUUAUGAACCAAAUACCCCUACAAUCGCCACCCCGACACCACCACUCCCCCCAACCACAUCGCCCGGGUAUGCCGAUUCCAGCUCCCGGCCGCCGACGAGGAAGCGAUAGCAGCAGCGAGGGCUUCCGCGAUGUUCUCGGCGCCGAUAAAUGGUAUAUCGGUGGUCGGACAGCCGGCGGUGAUGAGCGAUUCUUCAAACUAGGCGUUGUGAAGCGAGUACGGAGUCAAGACCGUCUGAGCUUGGACAGGUUGAGUCUAUGAUUAGUUUCCCGAAGCUAUCUACUCUACUCUACCCUAUUCUACUCUACUCUAUUCUUAAUAACCGGAUGAAAUCGGACGAUAGCGAAUUGAUAACUUGCAUGCCCUAUAUAUACUGAGAUCGAACAUAUCGAUUCGGCUGUUCACUCUUGGGGAUUUACGGUCGGGGUGAACAGACAUAUGGGAAUACACGGUAUAAAACUAAACCAUGGUUGCCCUAAAUAGGGCAUUAAACGGAGGGAUGGAUAUUGUAUAUGGCACGGCACGGCACGGCGUUGACGGUUUGCGAUUCGAGGAUGGCGUUCAGGCGGCUUGGGGGUAUUUGGCUUUAAAGCAAACCAUGCUAAAGACCAAGAGAAAAAAAAGGAGAGAAUUUCGAGA